GGUGCUGGAAGACCAUGACAUAAGUUACGUAACUGCUAUGGCAUUAUUGUAGCACCACUAUUUUUGUCAUUAAACAAGCUUCUAUUUGUUUAUGUCCAGAGUGAAAUUAUUUGUGACAAACUAAGAAAUGGUAGCAAGUUUAAUGUUCUAUUUAUUAUCCAUAAUCGGUCUCAAUUUAUAUUGCUCAAAACUGGUUGACCUUCGUGUAAGUUGCAGUGCACCAAUUGAUGGCGUUGGAAGUGUCGUGUCCCACUGUUCUAGUGGGAUAUAUCACUUUCAUAUGUAUCAAGAUAUUUUUAACCAUAUAGGUAAUGUUGAUGAGCGUUUUCUAAUGUGAUUGAUUGAUGACUGGUUUCUGGACAUCAAACGGACACCAUCACAGAGCUAAUGGUCAUUAGAAAAUCUAAGUGGGUAGGUGUAAGACCACUAACACCCUCUUAUCUCUCACUAACCCACUGUCCUGCAGAGCUGCCAACUGAUACUCUUUGGGCGUAGUUUGCUACACUCGUUUGAAAAAACCCUUGAAUUCAUCAUUUCUGUGGCUUUUUUUAUUAUUAUUCCAACAUAAAACGGUAUAAUUUACGGAUUAAAAACCAUUGUUAAACGGUUAUAGUAAGAUGUAUUCAAUAACCGACGUAGUUUAACUGUAGGCCGACACCAGUGUCGCAUACUAUAAAUCAUCCUUUAGUUACGUUACGCUUACAUGCCGUGAAUAUAGAAAAUUGCUUGUGAACGUAUGCCAGUUAGGAAUAAAGUAAUUUUAACUUGAAAUAAGAAUAUAAGCAUUCAAAUUUAGUAUUGAUCACAUCGCACAAGUAAUUGUGGGUUUAUUGCAUUUUAAUGCUGUUUUAAAAACAAUUCUGGUAAUUCAUAAUCCUGUUAAAAUCGCCCGACUUAUUUGACAUCAUUAGUUACAUGUCGCCCGACUUGUUUGACAUCAUUGGUUACAUUUCGGGUAUGUCCGUAUUCCAUAACCGACCAGCGUUAUCUAUGCUAAAAAUAGCAUGACACAAUCUUGCGUUUACUAUGACGUUGUCGGGUUGUUUCUUUUACUGUUUAUGACAUUUGGCCAUGCUACACUCGAAUAUCAUUUGCUACGCUCAGCUUGUCAUGAAUCCUACUCUCACUUGUGGCUAGCGGUUGGCAGCUCUGGUCCUGGACAGAUAGCUGAGCAGUAACAAGUCAAGGAUGGGGUUGUACACGGCGUUCAGAAAAAACGGCAGCCCGACUUUCUACGGUUCUCUGAAGACGCCGUUUGAAGCUGAUCUCAUCGAGUCUGGGUUGAUAUUUUGUUUCGUCAUUCUCGCCUUCUCCUUCUUUAUUGUGCUUCCCGGAAUUAGAGGAAAAGAGAAACUCUUUACCUUCAUCCGGAUAACCGUGAGCCUGUACAUUGGUGGUGCUAUAUUGUUGACAAACUUCUCCAUGACAUGGGAGACUGCUGAAAUCCACACAGAAACCAAGUACAAGGCUGGAACGGGAAAAGACAUCAACGCCACCAUUGGCCUGUAUAUAGGUCUGCGCGGAAUUAACAUCACACUCAAAGCGACUCCAGAAAGUGAACGUUAUUUGCAAGAGACCAUCAACUACAACGAACACUUCGACUGGCGAUGGCGACAAGGCAGACUGGGAUUCGGUCCGUUUGCUGGCCGAUUUUCCCAGCAGUACAGGGCAGCUCAGUUUAGAGGGCUACCUCUACCAAUUCUGUGGGUAGCAGAGUACUUCACUUUUGACGGAGAAGGGAUACGCUGGGGUAGAUUUUACAGACAGGCAGGAUGGUACACGCAUAUAUUACUAUGGACGGCUCUGCCAUUGUGGGUUUUGACCAACAUUCUGUUCUUCGUUCUUCUCCGCUAUGGGGCGUAUUUCUUGAUCUUGACCGGUUUGACAAUGCUUACCGGAAACGUCAUUUGGGCAACAGUUCGCAACUUUAACGACCUCAAAAUCCCUUUCACGAGCGACGAAAUCUUGGUGUCGACGUAUGGUGGAUCCUUUUACGUUUGUCUUGUUACCGGUGUCCUGUGUGUGGUGUUGGGGACGAUCGUGUUCAUCAUGGAUCUGCGGUUCCCACAGCAGAUAGCGACCUUCUUCAGCGUGGACGUUCUACAGGACUCGGAGGAGAUACAGGUGGAAGACUUGGACGCAGAUGUUAAGAAAAGAGAAGACCCUGGUCCUCCAGAGGUGAAGAAGGAAAGUGAUGAUGAAGAAGAAGAAGAGGCUUCCGAGCAGAGUAAACAGAGACCCAAUGCCGCACCCGAGAGACCGCUCUCCAAUGAUGACGAGAUAUAUGCUGUCGAUAUACCUAAUCCGAAGAGGAGAAGCGAAAGGACUCUGACCCAGCGAUUUCAGAAGAACCGACGCAAGGCUGCGCCCCCGCCCCCGCCUGCUCCAAAAAGGGCGCACAUGCAAGAUGUGCACGAGAGUGAUGAAGAGGAAGACUAUGAAAAUGCUGAAGCUAUGCGCUAUCAUGCACAGAGGCAAAAGGGCGCCGACCCUUCUCAGAUUGAGUUAAAGACAAGGGGGGGUUACUGAAUGUAUAGAAAUGCUCGCAGUCUAUCAGCAAGUGCAUUGUUGUCCAAAUUUUGUGAACAGUGUACUAAAAUACAUUAUUGUUAUCAGCUUACUCUGUUAAAACUUACAAACUUGACUGUGAUCAAAACAACGACAACAACAGUUCAAUCAGGUACCUGGCUCUGUACUUAUAAAACACUAUGAGCCAAUUUUAUGAAGCCUGUUUUUCCUUUCCUUCUUCACUUAUUUUAUGUUUAUAUCUACUUUAGGUUCAAGCAUGCUGUCCUGGGCACACACCUCAGCUAUUUGGGUUGUUUGUCCAGGACAGAAGGUCGGUGGUUAACUGCUAGUGAGAGAAAAGUCUGUGAGAGAGAAGUUGUUGCCAGUAGCCGUACACCUACUCAUUUGGUCAUUAAACUCGCUCUGGGUGGGAGCCGGUACCAGGAUGCGAACUCAGUACCUACAAACCUUAAGUCUGUUUUUCCUGAACGCAGGUCUUAAAGCAUUGUAAAUGUGUGUUGUUAUGGCAACUGCACCAGUCGACCAGAAUACAAAACUUUUAUAAACUCGAGCCUAAGAAGCUUUCAGUCCAUGAUUUUAUAUAAGUAAGGAAGAGAAUAUGAUCAUCUACAAUAUUUUUUUUUUUUUUUUUUUUUUUUUUUUUUUUUUUUUUUAGUGCCUGAAACAAAAUUAUUACUUACAAUAUAACCAGUAUAAUUUUUGUUGGUGUAGCCAGUAUCUUGUUUCUUUUGUUGGUUUUUUUUUUGCUUUCCCUUCUUAUUUAAAGCACCACAAAAUUCCUAUUUAAAUUAUGACCAGUACGGUAUAGUUUAUUGUAUGUGUAGCCAGUAUCUUAGCCCAUCUAAUUCUAUAGGUUUUUGUUCUUUUGUUUUUGUUUUCUCUUCUCUGUUUUUAAGAAGUUUGAAAAUGACGUCUGAAAACUUUUUAUUGUAUUUUGCAAUAAACUGUCUGAGAGUACCGGUUUCUUUAUUAGUACAUGUAUAAUGAUAUUAACAUAUUAACAUAAACAUAGAUGACUGCUUUCAUGAUCAAAUGUAUCUUGCAUGAAAAUAACAAUAUGUAAUGUAAAUAAACGUCAGUAGACUAAUAAAAAGUGUGCAUAUGUUUAACAAUGUGUAUACAAAUUAUAUUUGUACAAAUAACCACUCAACCUGAUUACAUGUAGUACGUAUAUUUUAUGUCAAGAAAAUAUUAAAAUGUUUUGGACACUAUCUUCAUUUUCUGAUUUGGCACAAUAAAGGUUUCAGGGCAUCUCUCUCUCUCUCUCUCUCUCUCUCUCUCUCUCUCUCUCUCUCUCUCUCUCUCUCUCUCUCUCUCUCUCUCUCUCUCUGUACGAGGAAUGUUGACAUGAUUUUGUAGUGUUCACAUAUAAUCACAUUUGUGAAGAGACGUGCCAAAAAGUGUUGGGUGGGGACGUGAGAAUGGAGUACGCCAGUAAUUAUGUUCAUGGAAGCAUGUGGGGUCCACACUGGGGAGGGAGGUGGGUAAUGAAAAAUUAAUGGUUUGAAAGUGGACAAAAAAUACAAUGUCCAGUCAAACAUGUGUAAAGCAACCACCUGAGAAAGUAUCAAAAGUGGCCGUUUAAAAGAGGUGCUUGCUUAAUACAGGUCAGUUUAUAUAUUAUAUCAGAUAAUUUGGGUGAAUAAAAAUGUGGCCUCUUAACACAGGUGGCCACUAGAACUGGGCCGAGUUCAGCAAGACCGAGCAGAAAAACGUCCGCUAGACUGGUUUAUGCGCUUCAGGUUAAAGCAAAUGGCCACAUCGAGAACCAAUCAAAUAGAUCGCGAACGUUAGUAAAACUUAGGGCAGGUUUCACUGUAUAUAUUUGCUAUUCCACGCUGAAAAAUGGGGGACACAUGUCUAUUGCCCAAUCCACCUCCAUCCCCGUUUUCUACACCACUGCUGACACAUUAUUAUUAACUAGAGAGUUCCACUAAUUUCUCCGGGCCUAAUAUUUGUGUUUUCUUAUUAUCUACAUUUAGAGAUUUGUAACUGUUUAUGAUCUACUUUGUAUUUUUAUAUGACCUACAUCAAAUGCAGAGGCGGAUCUAGGGGGCAAAGCCCCCCCCCCCCCCCCUCAAUUUUGCGAUAGUUAUAAUUUUAUUAUAUAUUAAUUUCCAUUUUUUACGAUCCCCCUCCAAACCUCCCCCAAAGUUCCCUUGGCAUUCCAACUUAUGUCACUGGGGCCCACCCUAACUAGAUUUUCUGGAUCCGUCACUGAAAUGUUUGCAUUUUUAUUAUCUAAAUGAAAUGCAUGUAGUUUAGUACGAUCUAUUUGAAAUAUGUGCAGUAUCACAUCUACAUCAAAUAAUAAAAUAAAUAUUAAUUUUAUUUGUUAUGAUCUAGAUGAGAUGUGUAAUAUUUUAUGAUCUACAUUAGAUAUUUAUACUUUCUUAUGAUGUAGCCUACUUUAGGUUUGUAUCUUAAAACACACCAUUUCUUUUCAAUAAACAAAUAUUACUGUAUAAUGGUUGUUAUAUUUUAUGCAUGUAGUUUAGUACGAUCUAUUUGAAAUAUGUGCAGUAUCACAUCUACAUCAAAUAAUAAAAUAAAUAUUAAUUUUAUUUGUUAUGAUCUAGAUGAGAUGUGUAAUAUUUUAUGAUCUACAUUAGAUAUUUAUACUUUCUUAUGAUGUAGCCUACUUUAGGUUUGUAUCUUAAAACACACCAUUUCUUUUCAAUAAACAAAUAUUACUGUA